AUGUUGCCUCUUCUGGUCAGCAUCUUCCUCCUUCAUGCCUGCUUCCCCUCGGGGCUUGGCCACCUCCCAGAAGGCCUGCCGUUACUGAGGACCGAGUUUGCCCUGCACCUCUACCAGAGCGUGGCAGCCGGCAGAAAUGGCACCAACCUCAUCAUCUCUCCCGCUGGUGUGUCCCUCCCCAUGGAGAUCCUGCAGUUCGGAGCCCAAGGGAACACAGCCCAGCAGCUGGCAGAUGCUCUGGGAUACACUGUUCACGACCAAAAGGUGAGAGAUUUGUUGCAUGCGGUUUAUGCCACACUAUCCAACUUCAGUCAAGGCACGGAGAUGGAGCUGGCCUGCACUCUCUUUGUGCAAGAGGGGAUACCACUGGCCCCCUGUUUUGUGGAGCAAGUAUCCUGGUGGGCCAACAGCAGCUUGGAGCCAGCCCCAGUGAACUCCAGCUUCAGUGAACUCAAUGAACCUAAUGGCACUGUUGUCCAGACCACAGGCAAGGGCUCGCUGUGGGAGCAGGUUGGCGCAGCGUCUGCCCAGCUCGCAGUGGUGAGCACCAUGACCUUCCGAAGCACUUGGCAGAAAAGAUUCUCCUCAGCAGAUACGCAGCUCCUGCCUUUCACCUGUGCCCAUGGCUGUGUCCUCCAGGUCCCCAUGAUGUACCAAAUGGCUGAAGUCAACUACGGCCAGUUCCAGGACGCUGCAGGCCAUCAGGUGGAGGUGCUGGAGCUGCCUUUCCUAGGACGUGUGGCGAGUCUCUUCCUGGUGCUGCCCCGUGACAAAGACACCUCCCUGAGCCACAUUGAGCCACACCUCACAGCCAGUGUCAUCCACCUCUGGACCAGCAGCCUGAGGAGAGCCAGGAUGGAUGUGUUCCUCCCCAGAUUUAGAAUCCAAAAUCAAUUCAACUUAAAACGCAUUUUAAGUUCCUGGGGAGUCACUGAUCUUUUUGAUCCACUCAAAGCUAACUUGAAAGGAAUUUCAGGUCAAAAUGACUUUUAUGUUUCUGAAGCCAUCCAUAAGUCCAAGAUUGAGGUUCUAGAGGAAGGCACCAAGGCAUCUGCAGUCACAGCUCUGUUGUUACUGAAAAGGUCUCGGAUUCCUAUUUUUAAAGCUGAUCAGCCAUUCAUCUUUUUCCUGAGAGAACCCAACACAGGAUUUGUCUUCAGUAUUGGAAGAGUUUCAAAUCCCCUUGACUAAAUUAGCAGACUUCAAGCAUGUUCUCCACUUUCACCUAUGCUUUUCUUCAUAAAAAGUUACAAUUUUAUUUUGCUAUACCCUUGAAACUCAAAAAAAUGUCCUUGCAAAGUGUAAAAAGGGUAUGCAUUUUCAGAUAUUAUGAACCUAAAAACAGAAUUUUAUUAUAAUUUUGUAAGUUAUUUGCCCUCUCUUAACCCACAUCUAUUAUAACCUUCUUUCCUAAUCAUUACGCCACAAACCACUAAAAGGCACAGCAGUGGUAUAUAAAUGGUAAAUGAGUCAGUCUAUGGGAUUGCUUCCUCAGUAAGAACACAGAAAGCCAUGUUGGAUUGAGGGGAGAAUGAACAGUGUCAGUUUUACUUAUCCAAUAUAACUCAGGAAGAAUGCAAACUGAGUAAAGUCAUCUUACAUCUGUUUCCUUUCCAUCUACCUUCUAAAUAAAACUGAGAGUUUAACGGUGAGAAUAGCAAGGCAGAACAAAUCUUCUCUGAACUUUUAAUUUGUUGUGUACUUUUGUAAGCAUCGUAUCAAAUUGCUCAAGGCUAGGUAGACAUUUCAAAGUAUGCAGUGUAUCCCGAACUUACCACUCCCUAAACUAAUAGCAGCUUCAGCUUAGUGCCAUCCACAAACCUAGUGAGAAAAAAAAAGGAGUUGAAGGGAAGUAAGGAAACCAAUAAUGUCCAAAAUGUCUGUUUUGUCAAACAGCUUUUAAAGUAUCUGCUGCAGACAAUACCAUUCCCAUUAUUACCUAGGCAGAAAUGGGAGUAUGUUGGCAUGGCCAACAAAAACUACGAACAUAUAGUAAAAAGACAAUGCAGAUUAUGUAACAUAUAAUUACAGUUAGGAUUAACAAAUAUGAACUCUAAGUGAUGUGUUUUUCCAAUGCUAAAAAGCAAGGCCUUUAAAAUUCCAUUAUCUUAAGAUGUUUUUAAAUGAUUGCUUUAAAUGUGAUUAUUUCCUAAACCACACAAGAGUAAAAUAGAGCAUUUAUUGAUGGAAUAACAAAAGUGCUUUUCUUAAAUAUUCUUCAAAAUACAUUUGUACAACUUACAAUAAUAUAUCCAAAAUAACUGUAUAUACAAAACAUUACCUAGUUUUAAUGUAUGUGCUUUUUUCCCCAAAAAUUACAAAGUAACUUCUUUUUAGCUUUUUUUUUUGGCAAAGUUCAACCUUAACAGAGGUGACAAUUUUAAAGGUUGGUUUAAGAAAAUAGAACCUGAGGGAAAUUGACACGCAAGAGUCAAUGACAAGCAAGAGAUUUGGAGGAAUAUUUUAGUUUGUUAAAUAAAAAGGUUUUUUAGAGUAGUACUUUUCACAUUACAAAAAUAAACCAAAAUGAAGAAAAGGUCACUGUAAAAUGAUGGAAAAAGGAUCUGUAGACUUGCUUUAGUAUUUCAAAUAGCCAACAAUGCAUGUCAAAAAAUGAAUGCAAGAUCACAACAGUCCUAUAUUUACUUUGUA